AUGAGCAAUGCUAAUAGAGAAAAUAUCGGGAAUGAAGACAACAUUGAUAUCUAUAACAGCAAUAUACAUUCGGAUAUAAAUACAAGCAAUAAUAGUAGCAAUACCAAUAAUGUGAGGAAUUAUGAUAGGGCUAUAGAACUAAAUGAUAGUGUAAACGGAUCGAUAAAUGAUAACACUGCUUUAGAUAACAACAUUAACUAUAAUAACGAUAAAUAUACUCAUAAUAAUCAGAAUAGCAACAAUAUGGGAUAUCUAUCCUUAAAUAAUUCUACAUCUGAAGAUGAUCCCCCUAGGUAUAUCUGUGAGCUCUUCCACUGGUGUUCUUUCUUUCUAACUGUACCUGGUUUAGAACACAAAGAAAUAAAUGGAUUGGCAGUUAACAGCUGUAAGCUGGUCAAAAGUAAUGUUCUCUUUUAUAAAUCUCAGAUUCCUGCAACUCUGACCUAG